UAUAAAGCUAAUAAUCAGUGUUUGAAAGCAGACUUCUUGGAACUAGUUACACCUCAACUGCAAGAACUAUAACGAAACUUUUUUUAAGUUUGUGAAAAAAAUGGCUCGUUUUGAUAAGAAUAGUUUUGACACGUACAUGUCAGCCUAUAUCGGAUCUUUGAAUGAAGACAGUUUGGAAGAAAUCUUCAAGAAACACGAUAAAGACGGAAAUGGUUACAUUGAGGCCAGCGAACUGGACGGAUUCAUCGCUGACAUUUUCUCAAAAGAGCUAUCCAAGGAAGAGCUGAAGGAAUUCAAGAAGCAACUUCUGGAAAGAAUCGACAAUAACAAUGAUGGGAAACUGGACAARGAAGAGCUGAGAAGCAUUCUACCCACCGAAGGCAACUUCCUGAUGCAGUUCUGCAAAGUUGGAAAGUCAGUAUGUGGCGUGGACUUUGUCAAGAUAUGGAAYCACUACGACAAGAACAAGAAUGGAGUCUUGGAUGGAAGUGAGCUGGAUGGAUUCCUCAAAGAUCUCAUCUUAAAGACCCGGCCUCAAACACGACAUGAUUGUAAUCUUAAAAGAUCUAUUGAAAUCAUCAAAAAAUCACUGUAUGACAAGAAAACAAAUAAAUCGACUGAGGGACUCGACAAAGCUGAACUGUUUGACUUGCUUCAAGUCGAGGCUUCCUGCGCCAGUUUUGAGGGGAAAUCGGGCCCAGAGUUUGACAAAUUAUUCUCAGAGUAUGACAAGGACAACAGUGGAGCCAUCGAGGGAGACGAAUUGGUGAAACUACUGUCUGAUCUCUACCUAGACUCCGAUGAAUCGGCUGUCGAUGACAUCAAAGACGUUGUGCUUCUCAAACUCGACAAAAACAAGGACAACAAAGUCCAGAAAUCCGAACUGAAAGAGUUCCUGAAAAUUAAAGAAUAAAUUUGCUACUGGGAAAAGCCGCUGGUUUGUCUAUCAAUUCUCAUGGAUUGCGGGCUCUCAUAAACGACGGUCGUCAAUGAAGACUUAACAAAAAAUUCUUAUUAUUAAAGUUAUCUUUAUUCUUAUCGAGAAAACGAUUAUUAGUUAUCAUUAUAUUGUUAAUUUAUWUUGAUAUUAUCUUGAUAAUUAUUAGUAUCAGUUUUAAUUGCACUGAAACCAUCCAUAUCUUCAGGAUACAUAUCAAAUCAGAUUAUGGGAGUCUAGGACUCAAUUGUGASCAAAAUAUUCAGACAUUUAUGUGAAAUGAACUGCGGCUUGCUGAUCAUCGAUGUAMAAGGGUUGGUUUGUCAACAAGACGAUCUGGUCACGUGAUCUUAUCUCCUAUCGUCGAGAAGCACUAACAAUGAAUCGGUUUUCAGAACAGAGUGAAUGAAAAUCUAUUCUGUACGAAUGAUAAGAAACAAAGAUAUUGUAUUUUUACUGUUGCCAGUCAGUCGCAUUCACUCGACUUBCAUAUUUAGGAUAGAUCUGAUUAUCACGUGAUCUGGUCACAAAUUGACUCCGUACAGCAUAGGUAGUCGAGCAUGCGCAGAGACUGAAAUAAUAUUUCUCACUGUACUGCAUUAUUAAUAGUUUGCUGCUAUAAAUUAUCAAUUUUAAAUUGUUGUCAAUGUUAUUUUCAUUCAARAACACGAUUUGAAUACAUUCUCAAAGUUUGACAAUAAAUUUGCCUUGGAAAAAAG